CUCUGCUCGUGUAUACAUACGCACACCGCUGUCCCCACCCACACCCUGCUCUCCUCUUCAAUUUGCAUUUUAUUUUUCCCUUCUCCCUUUGGCUUCCAUUGCACAGUACAAAAAGUGAAAAGUCAUUAUGAGGAGCGAAAUCGUCCUUUGCUGCCUAUUCGCGAUCGGUGCAGCGUCGGCACUGAGUCGCAAGGAGGAGGCGGCCGAGAUAAACCGGCGCAAAGUCUCGCAGCCCCUGUACACCGUCAGGAAACACCAGACGCAACAGAAACACCAAUCACCAAGUGUCGAGGACUCGACCGCGUCCGAGGAGGAGGAGGAGGAGGAGUCGUCGGACUUGUGCCCCGAGCCCAAUGGCUACUUCCCGGACUCUGAGCAGUGCGACAAGUACUACGACUGCAGGGACGGCAAGCCCACCGAAAAACUCUGCUCCGACGGUCUGGUCUUCAACGACUUCAGUCCACAGCACGAAAAGUGCGACCUACCCUUUGGAAUCGACUGCUCGAAGCGCCCGAAGCUCCAGACGCCACGGCCAAUGCCCCACUGUCCGCGAUUGCACGGCUACUUCGCGCACAAGGACCCGACCAACUGCAACACCUUUUACUACUGCGUCGAGGGCAUGUUCAACAUGAUAAAGUGCCCCGAGGGUCUGGUGUUUAGUCCCAUGACGGGUAUAUGCACGUGGCCGGACGAGGCCCAAAAGAAGGGCUGCGGCUCGCGGGAGCUGUUCAACUUUACCUGUCCCAGCGUCGACGAGUCGGUGGCAGCCACCCAUCCCCGGUAUCCCGACGCCGAGGACUGCCAGUACUUUUACGUCUGUAUAAACGGCAAGACGCCCAGGCGCAGUGGGUGCAAGCUCGGCCAGGCCUUCGACGAGAAGACCGGCAAGUGCGACUGGGCCCGCAAGAUUCCCGAGUGCAAGGACUGGUACAAGGACACUUUGACGGACGCGGAGCUCGAUGCUCUUGAGAAUCCACCGAAGCCAAAGACGAGCGGCUCGAGGAGGAAGGGAUCGAAACGCGGACCUGAGCCCAAGACAGAAGAAGAGGAAGAAGAAGCUUCCGAAGAUUAG